CGAGAGAUGAAGUCAUCAGAGAUCGCGGACAAUCUCGUUGAUCUCUGAUCUGACAGACGAGGAUGUUCAAGGCAAGCAGGCUAGCCACCCGGGCAAGACAUACAGCUUCAGUACAAGCACCUAGGCAACUAGCAAGGGCCAGAUCAGUAUGCAGCGGCUCAUUCUUGUCGCAUCAGCAAAGCUCGAUCGCAAGUAGCAGAGCACCCUUCAGACCAGCCGGCUUAGGCGUCCUUUUCGCACUCUUGCUCGCCGGGGGCUUCGCUGCCAGUAACGGUCAAAGCAACAUCAAGUCAGAUAUAGCGGUCGAUCGACAGGGCACACUCUUCAAAAAGGACGAUGUCACUGUCGUCUUUGUCUUAGGAGGACCCAAGUCCGGCAGAUCGACUCAGGUGCAGAACAUCGGAAAGCGAUUCGAUGCGAUCACGCUAGCAGCAGAGGAUGAUCUGUGGGCCGACAUCGCCAAAGAACUUGCCGCCAAUCGGGGCGAGAAGCUCAGGGUGGUCGUCGAUGGGUUUCCGGGCAACUUGAGAGACGCUCAGUGGUUUGAAAAUGAGGUCUGCCCGAUCCUAUGCUUCGUCUACAUCGAUACGCCAGCGGACAAGGCAGCAGAGCGGGGCGCAGAUCCGCAGAGCAAGGCGCGUUUCGACGAGGAAGCGAAAGAUCUGAUUGCCCACUAUCGCCACAAGGGCAACUUCCUCGAGAUCACGGGCGAGUGGCCAGCUGACGAAGUAUGGGAGCAAGUCGAAGCAAAGCUUGACUCUGCCUUUGAGCUUGAGGAGCGGGGCGGGCGUAGCGGCGCACAGUCUCUCUUGAUCGAGGGUAAAGGACAUCGUGAGCAGACUCGAGCAGCGUCCGUAGCGGUCCUGCCAAACAUGUCUCGUCGAGUCUCGUCGCGCAAAAAGUCCAAGGCGCACCCUCCUGAAGGCCUGACGUUGACGUUGACUUGUCGCAUGGCCAGCUAUGUUCCUCGUUCGAGAUUCCACUUCCCGGUCUCUGUUCCGAGCUGGUACAUCGGUCACAUGGAGCGGGGCAUCCGAAAGAUGGAAGCAACGAUGGCAUCACUCGAUCUCGUCGUAGAGGCAAGAGACGCUCGUCUGCCCAUCACAUCAGUCAACACCAUCUUUGACUCCCUCGUCGCCGGCCACUCUCGCUCGGGCACACCACGGCCCACAAAGGGCAAACGCAAGAGCCUGCCCAGGCGACCGGCAAAACCCGUUGCGCCCGUCGAGAGAUUGAUCGUCUAUACCAAAGCAGACCUAGCAGACCGCAUGUACGAAAAUCCUUUGCGAAGAGCUGUACGUCUGCAAACCGGACGAGAGCCCCUGUUUGCAGACACGCGCUCAGACAAGGAUGUAAAACGGAUCUUGGACACUAUCCUUCAGGCGGCCAGCCUACGUCCUGCACAGUCCGAACUCACACGAACCGACCUUGCAAAGACGAACAGAGCCAGGGAGAUUGAGCUUCCCGUCGGUGCGAGGCGUGUCUUGAUCGCCGGCAUGCCCAACGUCGGCAAGUCCUCACUUCUCAACGCGCUAAGACGUGUGGGAAUGGGUAAAGCCAAAGCAGCCAUGACGGGACCCGUAGCGGGCGUGACGCGCAAGCUCACCGGCCUCGUCAGAGUCUACGAAGAUCCUCCCAUCUAUGUGUACGAUACGCCGGGCAUCAUGGUACCUUUUCUCGGCACGGGCGAACAGGGAGCAGAACGCGCUUUCAAGCUCGCCCUGACUGCCGGCAUCAACGAGAGCUUGAUCGAUUCCGAGAGUAUUGCCGACUACUUACUAUACUGCUUGUCACUUCGUUUCUUCGGCCGCUCUGCUUCGCCAGACUUGCCUCCCUUUCUGCAGACUCUCACCCCGCCUCUACCUGCGGACGAUAUCGAGGUUGUACUGAGCGCACUAGCAAGCAAGACAGGUGCGUUACGCAAAGGGGGAGAGCCAGAUCUACAGCAAGCUGCUGCUGCAUUUAUCGAUGCAUUCAGGAAGGGUCACAUGGGUCCCUGGACGCUCGACAACCUACCACGCGACAGAUCUGGCUCUGUCAGAGGUGAAGAUGUCAACAUCAGCGAACUCAUCCGACUGCUCAAAGCUGGCGGUGGCAAGAUGGCUGUGCCAAAAGCUGUCCAGAAGCGCGCAGCAGAAGAGGCGAUACCUCUGGACGAAUCCGACGAGGCGGAUGUAAGUAAGAAUCAGGUACGCAAAGCGGCGAAACUGCAGAGCGAUACGGAGCGCGUUGAAAGAGCACGCAAGAAGAAGGAGACGAGCAAGAAGGACGCAGUCACAUUGAGCGCUUCGGCCAAGACUUCUCGCAAGAUGACGCGUUAUCACGGCUUGAGCAAGACAGAGCGUGGCAAAGCGGCGGGCAGGAGUGCAUUUGUUCGCAGUCAACAGCGUCGCCAAAACAAGCAGAGGAGACGGGCUUGA